UUUUAUUGACUAUGUUAAUGAUACAGAGUUAAAGCUGUCACAUUUCAAUUCCAUGGCAUAAUUAUGUGGUUUUGAGAGAGAUUCUGUUACUUUCUGGCAUAAGUGCGGGAGAUAUGGUAAUAGAAUGCGACUUAUUUCUACUGAUGUAGAAGCCACUGUGGUAUCCAAAAAUAUCUCAGAUGAUAAGGUGGUUGAGGCAUACUUUGAACAUCUUGAUUCAUAUAUUGGAAGAACUAUACAUACUAAUGAAGUUGGUGGAGUAGAACAAGAGAAAGAAGUAAACAAUGAGCAUUCUUCAACUGACGAUGAAUUCGAAGAUUCAGAAAAUGAUUUUUCGGAUGAUAAUGAAUAUGAGAAUCAUAGAUACGAAGUUAGUGAAUAAGUUAAGAAAAAGAUGGAUGUUGAAGAAGGUGAUUCAGAUUGUGUUGACUCAUAUGAUACAAAGAGUUUAGAAUGUGAUUAUGAUAGUGAGAGUUUCACUUUCCUAAGUUCAAUCAUAAGACGGACGAGGAUAAACCAGUGUUGGCAUUAGAACUAACUUCUGGGAACAAGCAUGAGCUCAAAUAUGCUAUAAUAACUCAUGAAGUUAAUGAAGAAAAAUAUAUUAAGUGGUGCAAGAAUGAUAACUCGAGAGUGAGAGCAACUUGUGGUCAUCCAGAUUGCAACUGGGAGAUUCUAGCUUCAAGAAUGCAUCGAGAUAGGGCCUUUCAGAUCAGAACAUACAAUCCCACUCAUGAUUGUAAGAUUUGUAAUCAUCGCAACAAAUCAAUAACAUCUUCUUAUAUUGCACGAAGAUACCUUAAGGCCAUAAGCUCUAAUAGGUCUUGGGCAAUCGGUGCAUUCAGAGAUCACGUUAGUGUAUAGUUGAGAGUUCAAGUGACAUUAUCACAAUGUAGAAGGGCUAAGAAAAAAGCACUUGCACUGAUUGAUGGAGAUCUUAAUGCUCAAUACAAGGUAUUAUGGAACUAUUGCAAUGAAAUUGGGAGGACAAAUUCAAAUACCUUUGUCUAUAUGAAGUUAGUUGAAAAUGAGGUGCCCGACAAGCCUAAGAGGUUCCAGAGAAUCUACAUUUGUUUUAGUGGUUGUAAAGAGGGGUUUAAGAGUGGUUGUUGAAAAAUAAUUGGGGUGGAUGGUUGUUGGCUUAAGGGUCCAAUGUAUGGGUCUCAAUUGUUAACUGUUGUUGGGCUUGAUCCGAAUAAUAAUAUCUUUCCGAUAGCAUAUGCAGUUGUAGAUAAGGAAAGAAAGGAAUAAUGGGAAUGAUUUUUAAAUUAUUUGAAGCGUGAGUUAGACAUUGAUGAUGAUGGAACUUGGACCUUCAUGUCAGACAAGCAAAAAAGUUUGAUUGAAGCGUUCGAUGAGGUAUUGUCAUAUGUUUGUUAUCGAUUUUGUGUGAGACACCUCCAUAACAACUUUAAGAGGGCCGGAUCGGUAUCUCUCUCAAGAAUGCCCUUUGAAAGGCUGCAAAGGCUACAAUGGUAAAGUGGUUCGAUGAUUGCAUGGUUGACAUUUGUGAUCUAUAUUCAGAAGCUGCCGCUUGGCUCAAUAAAGGUGCCAAGUGGAAUGAUGGUGAUAUUUGCCCUACGAUUAAGGAUGUAUUGCACAAAAAUCAAGGUAGUGCAGCUGAAUUUAUUCCUAGGAAGUCAAAUGAGUGGAAUUAUGAGAUAAUAGGAGCAAGCAUAAUGAACAAUUGGGCUGUGGACUUGUUAAAUAGAAAAUGCAGUUGUAGGGAAUGGAAUCUAACAUGAAUCCCUUGCAAACAUGCCAUUGCCGUUAUUUGGACUAAACAUGAUGACAUUAAUUCAUAUGUGGAUGAUUGUUAUAAGGUAGAAACUUAUAGAAGGAUCUAUGCAUUUUCUAUUCUACCUAUGAAUGGUCAAGAGGUGUGGCCUAUGUCGAGUAACAUACCUCCUUUGCCUCCACGAUUGGAAACACAAAGUACCAAAGAAAGAAAACAGAAGCUUAGGAGAAAAGGGCGUGAUGAAGUUGGAGCAAGUAGAUAAAAAAUGAAAAGGAAGCAAAAACAAAUGGACUGUAGCUUAUGCCACAAUCCAGGCCAUAGUAAAAGAACUUGCUAGUUAAAUUAUGUGUAUCCAGAUUCUCAUGAUGAUGAGACAUUGCGACAAGAAUCCUCAUAUUCUACUGCAUCUUUUGCUCCUAUAAAGCUUCAGAGUGAAAAAUGGGAGGGAAGUGUCCACACAGGAGCGUGAAGAAGCGAAGAUACUCUCACAAAACCUUUCGCCGUUCAAAAUUCCUCGUAAAAGGAGACGAUGCCGUUUACGACGAACUUAAAAAGCCAGCUGAGCAACGGAAAGAGUUUCCCGUCGACGAAGAUCUUCCCGGAAUGGGUCAAUACUACUGUCUUCACUGCGAUCGAUAUUUCGCGAAUGUUGCGGUGAGGGACGAGCAUUUCAAGACGAAAAAGCACAGGAAGCGUGUGAAAAUAAUGAUGGGCCCUGCACCACACACCCAACUUGAUGCUGAUUUAGCUGCUGGAAUUGGCAUGCCAGAUAAUGGUCCAAAGCUAAUGUCGAUGAGUUGAGCUUCUUUCGUCCUGUUUAUAACUCCUACAUUACUGGUAGAGUUCUUUUGAACUUUGAGAAUUUGUCUGAGGAACAUAGGUUUUUGUUAGUCUACCAUCUCUCUCUCAGUAUAGCAAGUUUAAAUGAUUCUGAGUGAGUGAUUUUAGUUGGUGGUUAUGUUUGGCCAAGAUUCAGCAAGAAACAUUAUCUUUAUGUUUCUAUACCAAAUGGCCUAUUUGGAUUUGACAGCUAAAUGCUGAAAUACAAGUAAUUUUCCAAAAUCUUUGUUAAACUGCAGAACGUUUAAUCCAUCUUACAAGAUAUCUUAUCUAAAUUUCGUGGUAAA